AUGGACCCGACUACGCGAACACCGACGCUCCCGCGAAAAGUCGUGCCGCCCGCCAGACCACCCCUAGUGGGGGUGACACCAAGCCGACCACCGGGCUCAAGGCUAAGCGACGCGGGAAAAUUUUGGCGGAAGACGAUUACCCGCCGCAUCCGCAACAACCCGGGGGUGAUUCGACGCGGACUUGCGGGACCACGACGUCCACCAGAAGACAUCCCAGUGGUGGACCUAAGCGACGAGGAGAAUGUACCACCGAGCAAUACCGCUUCCUCCUCCGCCCGGGCCGCCGGACCCACCGUGCGGCUGAUUGAGGUUUUCCCGCCUCAUACAUUCCGGUUGGUGAGAUCUUCGGGCGCGGGGAGAAGCACCACCAUUGCCACAGCCGGGGCCGCUGCCCCAGCUAUCACGCCCGAAAAAGGGAUCGCCGGCACCGCCGCUCCGACCGCUCCAUCCCUCGCGCCAGCCACCGAGAGGCCGAUCACCAAGGAUCACCUCCCGCAUACUUCGGCCCUUGCCACCCCCGAGCCCAUGCCAACCCUGGUUCACGCGGGGACCGACACCGUUCCCCCCGGCGAAGGCAGGACGAUGCCGCGGAUGCCCCGCGACCCCUUCUUCAUCAUCCGCACGGCGCCGCGAGAGGAAAGAGACGUCGUAGUCGACGGAUGCCUGAUCCGGGUGCCCAUCGGCACAAAGCGCUGGCGCACCCGGAUCGGGAAAAUUAAGUAUGCCCUCCGCCUCGAUCCGGCGACCGGGACGGUGAGGCAUUGGGUCAAAGCGCCAACUGUAGAACCGUAA